AUGGAUCCGGGUUAUCUGAAAGACGAGGUUAGCAGUAAACCGUUCGAAGAUGGUACAAAGUACAGAAGCGUUGUAGGUGCACUACUCUAUAUUGCGGUAUGUGCACGCCCGGACAUUGCGACAAGUGUCGGGAUUUUAGGUCGGAAAUUCAGUGCUCCCACGGAAGCCGACUGGACAGCAGCGAAACGUGUAGUACGUUACCUAAAAGGUACGAAGAAAUGGAAACUGCAACUUGGAGGUAAAAAUGCUAAAGCAUUGGUGGCAUUUUCGGAUUCGGAUUGGGCAGGAGAUAAGAGUACGCGAAAAUCAACGACUGGAUACGUUGUGUACUACGCAGGAGGAGCAGUCUGCUGGGUGAGUCGUCGGCAGAGUUGUGUAACGCUGUCGACAAUGGAGGCUGAGUAUGUCGCUCUGGCUGAGACGUGUCAGGAGGUUAUCUGGCUGAGGCGACUACUCGAAGAUUUUGGCGAACAUCAAGUGACAGCAACAGUGGUCAAUGGAGACAACCAAGGCUGUUUAAGCUUCGCACGUUCAGCAAGAUCCAGCAAACGUUCCAAGCAUAUUGAGACCAAACAUCAUUUCGUUAAGGACCUGUGCGACAGAGGCGAGGUGGUGCUACAGUACUGCCAUACGGACCAGAUGCGAGCCGAUGUGCUCACGAAGCCCUUAGGUUUCGUAAAGCACCAACAGUUUGCAGAACAGUUGGGAUUGGUGAAAUCGACCGAAAGUAAUGGAGAGGAUUAA